AUGCAGGGGCGAGUAGGGGAUGGACUGGGAGGAGCCGGCGCGAUCUUCGUUGGGGGGUUGCUUACCGUACCGGCGCCGACCUCUCGUCGCUCUUUCCGUUACGACGGCCCUCGACCCCCUCCUUCGGGGCAGACGCCGACGCAGCCGGAGGGCGGCAGUGAGGAGGAGGAUGAGGAGGAGGAUGAGACGCAUGGCGGUGGGGAGGGGGGAGAUGAUGAUGAUGAUGAAGACCACGAGAUGGAUGGGUUGGAGCCAGAGGGGCUGGAGGAGGAGGUGGGAGAGGGUGGUGGAAGGGCGGCGACAGAGGCAGGAUCACAGCAUGUGCGUGAAGGGGGAGGAAGCGUGGGGGUUAAGGUGGGGGGGAGAAAGGCCGAGACCAUUAGGGAGCCGAGGCAGAGGAAGAAGGCGAACGAGUUGAGGGAGCGGGCGUAUCCCUGCACGUUCACUGGGGAGCCCUUGGGCGAGGGUGUGAUCGCUCCCGAGUUCCUAGACGAGGACGGAGGGUCUGAGAGUAGUAAGGGGACUGGCAAGGGUAAUAGGAAGCCGGGGUGGCAACUCGCCAAGGGGAAAGGGAUGGCGACUGGUGGAGGUCAUGGGUCAGGCGGGAUGGAGCGGUGGAUGACAACCAAACUGACCUCGGUGCAGCUACGGCAGGCGAUCACGAAGCUGGUAGUCACCUGCGACCUCCCCUUCCGCAUCGUCGAGGCCGAGGCUUUUCGUGAGCUACUCAUCCUGCUAAACCGCAACUGCGCGCAGAAGAACUUCAUCCCCUCACGCUGGACGGUUUCCCGCGAUACAGUGGUCUAUGCGGCUGCCGCUCUUCAGUCAGCCAUUGCGGAGAUGCUGGCGAAGGAGGGGGAGCUGGGGUGCAGGGUGUCGUUCACCAUCGACAUGUGGAUCCUCUAG